AUGGAAGGUUGGCUCGAUGUUUCGGGAUGGUUACUUUCCGUGUUAGCCGUUCUUGGGAAUGGUUUUAUAAUAGCCUUCAUCGCUGCAAUACCCCGCCUCCAUUUUCCACCCAACUGGUUUGUAUUUUCCCUGGCAGUUGCUGAUCUGGGCGUCGGAAUGGUUGCCUUCCCCGGCGGUUAUGUUUGCGUCAGCUAUAAAAGGAUCUGUAACCAGAGCAUAUACAUGGCAGCGUAUUGGUUUCUGGUUCACUCUUCAGUUGCAAAUCUCUGCAUCUUAACGUGGGAUCGUUACACAGCAAUUCUUCAUCCUCUUAGAUACAACACUUCCAUCAUCUUGAGACGCCCUGGAAGGAUCAUCUUGUUGGCAUGGCUGAUUCCAUUGUUGAUAUCGCUGUACCUUGUUUUGGGAAUGUUCGCUGCAAACUCAGACACUGUUUUAAAAGUGCUGCGUCUAACUGGUGUCUCAGGUUUUGACAUACUGUGCUCCACUCUGUUUGUCUAUGCUGUUGUCCGUAUUUUGGCCGUAAUUCGCGCGCAGUCACUUCAGAAUUCUGCUAUGGAGUCUCUCAGAAAGCAACUGCAAACUUCACUCAAGCGGGCUUCACUGAAGACAGCAGCUUCCAGACGUCCUGGUAGACGCAAACACAGCUCAGCACCAUUCAUAAUUGCUAUAGUGGUGUUUUUCUUGGCAUGUCAUCUAGUAAAAAACUAUCUGAUCCUGAAAAUCAUGUUUGUCUCAGACGUGUCUGAUAAUGCUGCACUGGUAGUUACCGUUCUCUUGGUAGCCAAUUCGGCGGCAAAUCCGUUGGUUUACGCGUUUUUGAAACGAGACAUAAAAAGAGAACUGAAGCGGCUUAUCUAUUGCACAAUGAGGAGAGGUAGUAUUAAAACAUAACUGUGAGCAACCGUGGUACCAGGUUAACUGUUAACCAUUUUUUGUCAGGCACAAAGUGCUGUUAAACGUCUCCACAAUUAAAACGGCUACCUCGGGGACAGAAGAAAGUCCAGCGAUUAUAGAGAGGUGUCCAUUGUAGAGAGGUUUAAGCAAAAUUCAGUGUAUGAAAUGUCUGCCCAAAAAAAUUGGCCGUUGCAGAGAGGUAUUUGUAGCCAUUUGAGAGAUGGCCACAUAUCACCAGCUUUUAUUUCUUUUCUACAAAGUCCUGAUCGCUACAUAGCAUUAUGGGAGCCCUCUCAAUCGCUUUUUUAAUUCUUUAAAUAAAAACUGAAAGUUCCAAAACCAUAAUCUUUUUCAAUGCAGUAUAGGAUCAUCUUUGCAGAGUGAUACGCCAUGAGAACAGAUCAAUAUAACACUUAGCGUUAGAAAACAGAAUAAAUUCUAGUAAUUUAGAGUGCGAAUUGUAGUUGCUAGUAAAAACACAGUUCUUUAAAAAGAAGGGCGAGCCUUUACAAAUAAGGGGAAAAGGCAUACUUACCAUUAGCAUCGCGUUUCACUUGACAAUGAAGCACUUAACCAUAUCUGGUCACAACUGACAAAAAAAAAACCUUUUUUCAAAAAUUUGCACUUUGGAGACCGUUUUCAAAAAGCUUUAUCAAUAAUUUACAUGACGUCUAUUAGUAAUAGUGAAUUGUUAACAUAUUGUGCAGUAUGUGCACUGAGGUAUUUAUUUCGAAUAAAGAAUCGAAGUGCACAAAUAAGAGCCUCAUGAGACAAAAUAAAGCAGAAAGUCAGUCACUGUCACUGAAAAUUGUUAAUCGAGAAAUGGGUUGGGAGUCUUCAAAUAAUGUAUAGAUUAUGUACUUUAAAGCUGGGCCAACCUUAUAUUGACUUAAUAAAUUAUUUACAGAGCUUUAGCCCGCUUUGCGUCAAAAAAAAAAAAAAAAUGAAAACUGGGACUUGUCGACGCCAUUUAAAUACCAGCUGGCCGGCCGCACUUCAGAAGAAAACAAACUAUCUUAGAAAUAAAAAGAUGCUUAUAACCAUUAACCCGAUUCACAGGUUUUUCUUUGCGAAUAAAAUCCCACGAGGAAUUAAAGGCAAUGGGUGUUUUUUUAUUUAUGUCGGAGAAACAGUGAUUGCAGUGUGUUUCAACUGUACUGGUUUUCAUGUGCUAGUUAGAAGCGAAAGGGAAAGGCGAUAUAAAUGACAGCCAGCGAAGACUGCGAAAAGCAGGGGUGGGGGUGGGGAGUGUCACUAAUUUAACAUGGACUUUAAUAUUCUAAAUGAUAACACAGGAAGAAGACUAUUGUUCAAGAACUAUUAAUAUAAAGAGCGUUUUUGUACGUCAGACAUAGUAAAUCGAAAAGAAAUUCAAUACUUUAAUGGCCACAAAAAGAAGGCUAGGGUUAGCUGUCUGCUUUCUUGCAGGUGGAAGAAGCUCUACUUACGGCUGGUGGGCCGCCAUCACAAAACCUUGUUUCAACUCCCAUACAAACUUGUUUCGAUAGGCGGCCGCGGACCAGCCCGUUCCAGGAUCCGAGAUAGUCGGUUCUGCGGAAUUGUAAAAGCGGAACACGAAAAUAAAACGAAAUUUUCGCGUUUUAAACAUGUCCCUCUGUAACAGACCCAGUAGAAUCACCGGGUCUCGGAGACUCUUCGUCACCGAGUUGUUUGGUUUUUACUGUUUUUUUUUUUCUUUUUUUUUUUUUUUGGUUGUGUAUCUUCCAUAAAACUAACUAAAAUGGGUGGCAGGUCUAACAUCUUCAAUGGUAUGAAAUCUUUGAAAACCUUUACAUAUUACUCUAGCGAGAAUCCAUGCCCCUCUGUAAGAGACCCAGUGGAAUCUAUAUCUCCACCGGGUGUCGGAGAAAACGUCACUGAGUUGUUUGGUUUUCACUGUAUUUUUGUUGUUUUUUUUUCUUUGCUUGUUUGUGCAUCUCCCAUAAAACUGGCUAAAACGAGAGGCAGGUCUAACAUCUUGAAUGGUAUGAAAUCUUGGAAAACCUUUUACUGAAAAACCUUUCAUUGCUCUAGCGAGAAGGAGUAAGAGGUUUACACUUUUUUAUGCGAGAUCGAUUACCUGUACCCUCCAAUUUCAUUUCUCAAUGGUAAUAAUCUAAUAAUGUUUUAUAUUUUUGGUUCCUUUGAAACAAAUAUGAAUAAAGACAUACAUUGGUUUUGUAGUCACAACUGAAAUUGACCUGGGUAGAAAAAAAUUUAGCCGGGUAGAAACAGACUAUUCGCGCCUGGUGAUAAUGGUUUUAUAGUUUUGCUUCCUUAAAAAAAAAUAUGAAUAAAGAAUUAUAUAUACUGGUUUUGUAGUCACAAUAGAAAUUGAUCUGGAAGGAAAAAAAAUUAGCCGGGUAGAAACAAAUUAUACUAUUCACGCCGGGUCCGGGAGGCUAAAUUAUCACUGGGUAGCCGACUGAUUAAACCACUUGGUAGGGUUUCACUGGCUCUGUUCCAGAGGGGUGUAAUGUGUUUUUAUACAAUAACCAUGAAAACAGCUUUGAAAAAAAAUAAUAAUUCGUCUUACCGUGAGAUACAAAGGAAAUCCAAAAAAAUGUUUGUCUUGUGACUCGUGUUUUAGUUUAAACCUUUUUAUAGCGUCCUUCGCGUGAUUUGGCUUAACAAAAGUUAGAAGAUGCAGGCAUAUGACAAGAAUAACAAUUCCCCCACUUCUGUGAACAAAAAAGAUGGCAAAAACGCUUGUUAUAAUUAAAUUCUAGGUACAAUACUAUAUAUAGAAGGGAUAUUAGCAUAGUCUAUUUAAUGUGCACCUCGCGUGAUUAUGGCCUGACACAACAUCAAAGACUAUAAAAGACAUAAAGACAUGGUGUUUAAUCAACAGUGUUAUUGUACUUACAAACCUUCUCGAGUGAAGCUUUACCUGAAAACACUCAGCAAAAUGUCUGCACCAGGAAAGGUAAAUAUCACAUAUAUCACAUAGUUGGAUCUAAACUGUGUUCGAAGAGCAUCAUUCAAUCUGAUUCAUUUUCCAUUACUAUUAUCUAUUUUUGACUAUAUUGUAUUUUUAUUCUUUUAUUACUUUGGAUUGUCAAUUCUGGGUAACCCAAAAAGAAGGAGCCUAUUGAUUUCUUAAACAAUUUUUUGUAUUUAUUCAAAAGGAUAUAGAAAAUCUACGUAACGAAGAUUUAUUAAUAAAAAAAAAGAAAAAUUAAAGACAAUUUUCUUUUGUUUUUCAGAAAAUUGCUCAAAGCGAAGAUCUUACUCGUCCGAUAAAUGCCGGUCUACGAAAAGAUGAUGACAACGAAGGUAAAGUCUCUUCUCUUGUGGGAUUUUUUUUUUUUGUGCAUAAACAAAACGCAGUGAGCUCUGACUGGCAUUACGGAAUGAAGUAAAACAAAUGAAGGUUUCCCUGAAUUGCAAUGCCAUUUUUUUUUUAAUCUUAGCCAUAAACCCAAGUGAAUUCCAGUUUUUGAAAAUGAGCGUGAUAUUUGCAGCCCUCUGAGUGAAAAAGUGCAAAAUGGCAGGGGUUUUUUUGCACUCGAUUAGCUUAAAAAUCACACAAACGAAAGAAAAGGAAAGGAAAAAUAGAAAGUGGUGAGGAGGAAGAAAGUGGGAAAAGAGAAUCAAUUAAUGAGUUGCUAUAUUUCAACUAAUAAAUAAUUAAUAAAAAUUCUGAUUACAAUAGAUUGGCCCGCAAAAUAACAAUUGCUAAUCUAGGAGGACCAGUUAAAAGAAAAGUAAAGGGAAAGGAAACGAAGAAAACUAUUUUAAGUUACAAUAAAUAAUAUUCCUAUCAUAGUUUUAUUUUAAUUACAUGAAAUCUACUAAGGAAAGACGAAAAAAGAAUUGACAGAGUGCGAAAAAAACAAAAUAAUACUUUUGUACAGAAAAUCUCUUUUAAUAACUGUUAAUCUAUCUUAGUUUUUAAAUUGGCUUCUUUUGUUUCCACAAAAAAACUGCCUGACAGAAGAGCUCUAUUUGGGGGUAGUGCUUUCAAGAAUCCUGCUAGAUAUAGAAAUGUCAAAACUCUUAUGUCGUUUUAUCACAAUAAACUAUCAUUUUACAUUCUAGGCCAGCUUCUGUGUAAGGAUUUCAAGAUCCAGGUGCUUCCUGCAGCCUUCUAUCUGAAUGAAAAUGUUAAUUUCAAACAGUCUUGUUCAGGAAAAAUGAGCACACAAGGUUGUUGUUGCUGAGGAGUACUAGUGCAUCAUCCAGCACCGUUGCAGUAUUGAUGUUAAGCAGUAAUUAACUACGGCUUAAUUUUUGCUGUUUUCUCAUGUAAACUGUGAGCAUCUAUGGUUUAAGGCUUUUGCAUUGAAAAUUAAACGAAAAUAUUUAUCUUUUAGGUCAAAGUUCAGAUGUAUGUAAUUAAUUAAUUAAGGACUCUUAAAUAGUGAUGAAAUUUUUAGAUCUAACCUCAAAAAACAAAUAAAAACUCUUCAGAUCACCACAAGCUGCUUUUGAUUUCUUCAUGUAUAUAAUACUUGGAUGAUUUUAUCCAAUUUUGGAAGAGUGAUUGGUUGGGAAAUUCUAACGUCCUCCGAAUGAAGCGUUUUCUAUUCACGAGGAAAAGAACAAUAGGAAUGAAAUUAGCCUCAUUAGCCCAUUUCUUUUCUGGAGAAAAUAAAGCAUAUCAUGUAAGUUUUCAGCCAAAAAUACUGGUGUGGCAUCCUUGAAAAGUGAGCCUAAGUGUACUUUAAUAGCUUUGAAAGUUUGCUCUGUGAAUGUUUCAACAGCUCAAUUUCUACACAGAACUGAGAUUAGUCUGCUAACAAUUUAAGCAAAAAAAAAAGUGACAGAAAUCGUCAAACAUUAAUACUGAAUUCCAGUGAAACCAAAGUAAAGGGAUGUUUACCGAAACACGGACUCAGGGUCUAGGACGGGAGACAUGCGAGGACGAAAAAAACAUAGCAGCAUGGGUGAGGGGCUUUGUGCUCCCGACCCCCGUUAAAAUUUCUAUUUUCUUUUUGCCCCAGAGCCCUCACACGUCUUUUGAGUUUCUCCCGCUUAUGUAGAAGGAAGCGGAAACCUCUAGGCCGGGGCCUGGGCCGAGAUCUGUUCUCUUUGUUAUACUUGUCUGAAGGUUGACACCAUAGUUAUUUUGGGUACAUUUUUUUUAUAAUCGAUUUAUAACCUUAAAUUCUGGAUUUAAACUGUAUGUCCUUUACUGGCAAACAGGUUUAAGGAGAGAGUCUGAUAUAAUUAGAAGCAUUGUUUUUUGUUUUAUUCCACCCUUUUUCUUAAAUAUCUAGCCAAAACUUCAUUCAAUCAAAAAAUGACUCCUUGAUUCAAUAUUUUUUUUGAGAAUUUUUAGAUGAUUUUUAAUGUACAUAGAGUAGCGGGGAAUGUUUAAGGUAAUUCCCUUGAAAUUGUUCUACUAUCAAAAUUUUUUUGAAACUUGGCAUAAUCAACAUUCAUGAUAUGAACAUUAAAAAAAUGCAAUAAAAAGAUGGGGUCACUGUGCUUGUUUACGCGUCAGCAGGCUCUUAAACUGGGGUAUUUUACUGGUUGCGCGUUUAAAAUUCGAAUCCACUUCUCACAGAAUGAAGUCGUUGUUACUUGGAACACACAAAAUUUUAUCCUGAACAUAAUGCUUCUUUUAUUCAAAUAAGCAGUAUUGCUUCAUUUAAUUCGUUUUCGAUUGCCUGGUUGUGGGGAUAUUGCGCUUUUUCGGACAGUUCCCUGGUUAGCUAGAAGUCCUCGCCUUGACCCAAAUACACCAAAUACGAAACUACUUUCCCCCCCAAAAAUCAUGUUCUACCAUAAAACUUUUUUUCUUAUUCAAAUAUGUUGUUUAUUAGACUAUUCUUAGAGAAUACCUGGGGAAAAAAUCGGGGGUCACCGUGCUUGUUUCCUCACAAACUGCUGUGAAAGGUGGACAUGGUUUUGAGAUCGCAGUCAGGAUGGAUAAUUUGAGCGGUGGGGACUGGGGCGAGAAACAAAAUAACGCCCAUCGUGUUCGAAGUACGCACUCGAGAUCAAGCUUGUUUUCGGUUGUUUUUAUGUGUUUGAUAUCGCCAACACAGAAAUUCAAACUUGAAAAGAUUACAUUAAAUACCGAGGAAUGAGGUAAGUCAAGAUUUGAUGAGAUUUUGGAGUUAUGAAUCUUUAUUUUGGACCAUUUUGUUGCGCCGGCGUUCUGUUUAAUUCCAGUUAGCUACGGUUCGAUUUUUUUUGCUUUUGCACAAUUAUGCUUGACAAAGAAACUUGAAGAAAAGACUAUUGAUUCCUAUUCUUCAUAUGUUCGCUUGUUUGGUUUCUAUACACAGCAAAAUGUGAAUUCAGCAGCAGACCUCGUGUUUACUGGUCUCCCUCGCGUGGUUCUGGUGCUACGAUGUGUCUUAAUUGUUCCAGAAAUAUUCGUCUCUCCACUCUCGGAGUUUGAACAACAUAUGUACAGUAGCGAUUCCAGGCCAGAUACUGGCCCGUUAAUGCAGUUGGAGAGCCUUAGAGCUGUCCCACAGGCUUCACAGCCCCCAUAAUCCAAAGCUUCAGCCAGUAAAUUUUAAUAAUUCCACAACUCGACGGCCGCGAAGUGAAAAAUCACUGCAGACUUCGGGAUCACGCACAUUUCUUUCAUUUUCUUGUCUUUCGAUAGCAAACCAAGAAGCUGUCGGCCGAUCUGCGGCAUUAUUAUUGUGAAUAAAAGCUUUAGCUCUGCAAAAGCCGCCCUUGUUUGUUCAUUUCGCGCUAGUGAGAAGAACCGCCGCCAUCUUGGAUGUGGCAAUGCUAUGCGCAGUAGAGGGUGCGCAGUGCAAAUCUGGAAUUACCUUAAAACUUUGGAAAAUAUUGGGUUUCGGGGUUGUUAAAAAUUAAAAUAUGAAGUGAAUAAUUAGUAGACAAUUACCAGAUAGUCCACCACCGUAACAACAAGGUCCCUCAUUCUCGAACUAACUUUCGAAAAUUCUCAAUUCGGUUUCAUGGUCGACCUAAGUUUUCUACUCGUUAAGUCGUGAAAUUCAAAGCAGUGAAAGUGUAAGUUUGUUUGACUUUAAAAAUUCCUUCCAUAGCUUUCUUUCUUUAAGUCAGAUAUACUCUUUGUUGAGACACGUACCUUUUCUUUUUUCCUUUCUUUUCUUUUCUUUACUUUUAAAAUUUACCCACUUUUCAUUGAUUUCAGUACUUUUAACUCACAUGUAACUAUAGUUCUAGGACGCCUAUAGUGUAUAAGCCCUCGGCUUCUGUAUAGGCUUCCUUGUCAUUACCCUUUUAAACAUUUAAUUUUGUAAAUAAUAUAGUUAGAAUAGUGUAUAUUAUCUUUAAUGUAUUAUUUAUAAAUUUCUUGUAUAUUUUUGUUGUAUUCAUAUGUAGCGAAUGGCAAAAUAAAAGGAGUUUUUCUUUCUUAGUGAAUUUUUUCCCGCGCUCUACUUUCUGAUAAACGCUCGGAACAGGCUAGUAAACUAACGCAUUCGCCGCCGCAUUGGCGACCAAGAGAACAAUAACUACCAGUGCAACAUUGUCAGACACAUCUAAAAAAAAGAUGAUUCUCAGGAUUAGAGAUUGUGCAGGCGCAGAUCUAAAAUAAAUACUGACCGAUUUCCUAAACGAGCGCCACAGGCACAAGCUUCUAGCGGGGUCCGGGAGAAGGCUCCCCCAGGAAAAAAAUUGGAUUUUUACUACUUAAAGUCCCCUCUCCUGGGUUUCCAAGUCAUUCAGACAGAAUGUUGGCCAAAUGGUAACUUGGAAAGUGUUUUUGUUAUUAAAAACAUACAAGAGAAAUUGAGCUCUCUUCAAACAUAUUAAUUAUGAAAAUAUGACCGAUUUCCGUAAAACGCGCCUGUUGUGUGAGGGCUCUGGAGAUUGUGGUGGUGUGUGAGUGGUUUCGUAAAAACAAAAAAACAAAAUGAUCUUGAACCCUGAAAAAUGCAAGGCGCUAAAGUUCUCUCGCGAAAAUCCAAUGUCAAGCUACCACUAUUUGCUGAAGGUGUUGCAUUACCACUACUUGAUAACAAUAGAUCUAUUAGGGCUAACAUUGGACAAUUCCCUAAAUUUUGGAAAACACAUUGCGAAAAUUAAAAAGAAAGUUGGAAAGCAACAAGAUGUUCUUUGUAGACUAAAGAAUAUAUCAUCGUUUCGGACCAAACUCUGCCUUUAUAAUUCGUUCAUAAUGUCUCAUUUUCAUGACUUUUCCUUCAUAUGGCAUCACUGUUUAAAGUCUGAUAGUAAAAAACUGGGUAGGUUGCAUGAACGAGCACUUCGUUACUGGUACAGUGACGAGUCUUUAGAAACUAGCACUAUUUUUGAUCGUAUUGGUUACAGCCUUGUGGAUCGACGUAUCCAGAACUUGUUAAUUAUUGUAUUUAAGACAAUUAACAAUUAUCCACCUGAAUAUCUGAGAGGCCCAUUUAGGUUAAGAGACAACAUCAAAAACCUGAGAGGGAUUAACAAGCUCCAAGUACCGAAACCUUAUACGACUCGUCAUGACAAGAACUCAGUAAAGUACUUGGCGGCUAUUACUUAGAACAAGAUUUCUGAUACCUUAAGAUCCCUAAGUAUAUUGUCAGCUUUUAAAAAAGCAGUCCGACAGCCAAGGUUUUAGCUAAUUCUAUAUAAUAUCUAUCUUAUAAUAUCUAAGUAAUUGUCAAGGGGUUUUUAUUGUAAAUAGCUAUGUGACGUAAAUUUACGCUUUAUACUGUAAAUACGUUUUUGGAUUUCCCUUUCUUUCUCUUUUAUUUUAUUUAUUUGUUUUGUUUUCUUUGUUUUUUUUUCCUCGGCUCAUUAGCAUAUUUUUUGCUAGAGGUCUAACCAACCUCAUCAAACCCGCGAUUAAAUAAAGCUUCAUUCAUUUCUUCAUUUAUUACAACAUUGCAUGCCAAGAAAAACACCACUACAGCAAUUAUGAAGCGUGCUAAGCUAAGCUAAGCGCGCCAGUUUAAAGUUCCUUCCUGAGAGACUCCAUUGUAGAAUUCUGGAGUGAUUGCUUGCGAACUACGGCCAGAAUACGGACAACAGCAUAGACAAGCAGACCUGAAAACAAUUUUUCAAAACCUAAGACACCAUGCAGUUAGACGCAGUACUUUAUUGGUUUCUGGUUCACUCUUCAGUUGCAAAUCUCAUCACGUGGGAUCGUUACGCAGCAAUUCUUCAUCCUCUUAGAUACAACACAUCCAUCACCUUGAGACACCCUGGAAGGAUCAUCUUGUUGGCAUGGCUGAUUCCAUUGUUGAUAUCGCUGUACCUUGUUUUGGGAAUGUUCGCUGCAACCUCAGACACUGGUUUAAAAGUGCUGCGUCUAACAGGUGUCUCAGGUUUUGACAUACUGUGCUCCACUCUGUCUGUCUAUGCUGUUGUCCGUAUUUUGGCCGUAAUUCGCGCGCAGUCACUCCAGAAUUAUGCUAUGGAGUCUCUCAGAAAGCAACUGCAAAAUUCACCCAAGCAGGCUUUACUGAAGACAGCAGCUUCCAGACGUCCUGGUAGACGCAAACACAGCUCAGCACCAUUCAUAAUUGCUUUAGUGGUGUUUUUCUUGGCAUGUAGUGUAGUCAAAACUAUCUAA